AAAAACAGAGCCUCGGAGCGUCAGUGAUGUCAGUGCAGCAGAGCUAGUUAAGGACUAGCUUGCGAGCAGUACAAUCAUUCUAUGAACAUCUCACGAUUCGCAUCGCAUCAUGAGAAGGGCAGUGAGGGCCUUGGGAGAGCAAGGGAGCCACCUCUUCGACCAAAAUUCGAAGAUCACCCAGUUGGGUCGAUCGGCCCGGGUCGAAGAAGCCAUCGAUGUCUUCUCCAGUAUGACCCAGAAGAACACCGUGACGUACAACUCCAUGAUCUCUGUCUACGCCAAGAACGGCAGAAUCCGCGAUGCCCGGGAGCUGUUCGACGGAAUGCCGCACCGGAACUUGGUUUCUUGGAACACCAUGAUCGCCGGGUACCUGCAUAAUGAUCGGACCGAGGAAGCUUACCAGCUGUUCGAGAAAAUGCGCAAGAGGAACCGUCAUACGUGGGCUUUGGUUGUAACGUGCUUUGUGCGGAGCGGGCAGCUUGAGAGGGCGAGGAAGCUGUUCGAUUUGGUUCCCGAUAAGCAAGAUGUUGUUCUGUGGAAUGCCAUGAUAGCGGGUUAUGCGAAGAAGGGCGAAUUCGACGAGGCGAAGCUACUUUUUCAUGAGAUGCCGGUUAAGAAUUUAGUUUCAUGGAAUUCGAUGCUUGCGGGGUAUACAAAGAAUCGGGAAAUGCGUUCGGCAUUACGAUUUUUUGAUGGAAUGGUGGAUAGAGACAUUGUGUCAUGGAAUUUAAUGCUAGAUGGAUUUGUUCAGCUGGGCGACAUGGACUCUGCUUGGAACUUCUUUAGAAAGAUUCCAGACCCAAAUGUUGUUUCUUGGGUCACUAUUUUAUGUGGGUUGAUGCAAAACGGAAGGGUUCUGGAGGCCAGGAGACUCUUUGACGAAAUGCCUAGGAGGAAUACGGUUUCAUGGAAUGCAAUGAUUGCAGGGUAUAUCAAUAACCGUCAAAUGGAUGAGGCCAUGAGCCUGUUUAUGGAAAUGCCAGAAAGGGACUCUGUGUCAUGGACUACUGCGAUUAAUGGAUUUGUUCGCAUUGGUAAUCUUGACAAAGCAAGACACCUUUUAGAAGAAAUGCCCUUCAAAAACAGUGCAGCCCAAACAGCAAUGAUACAUGGAUAUGUGGAAAGUCAGAGAAUGGAUGAGGCUGGUCAACUGUUCCAUCAGAUUGAAACCCGUGAUGUUGUUUGUUGGAACACCAUGAUUGCAGGAUAUGCUCAAGUUGGAAGGAUGGACAAAGCCUUGGACCUGUUCAAUCAAAUGUCAAAGAAAGAUGCAGUAACGUGGAAUACUAUGAUUGCAGGUUAUGCUCAAGCUAGACAAAUGGACAGUGCAUUUGCAAUAUUUAGGGAAAUGAAAGAGAAAAACAUAGUUUCAUGGAAUUCUUUGAUAACAGGUUUCCUUCAAAACAAUUUAUAUUUGGAUGCUCUGAAGAGUUUCGUGUGCAUGUGUAAGACGGGAAUAAAACCUGAUUAUUCAACCUUUGCAUGUGGACUCAGUGCUAGUGCCCAUCUUGCUGCAGUACAGAUGGGCAAGCAACUUCACCAACUUGUAAUAAAAAGUGGUUAUGUUGGAGAUUUGUUUGUUUGCAAUUCCUUGAUCGCCAUGUAUUCUAAAUGCGGACAUAUGAUGUUCGCUCAACUUGUGUUUGAAACUAUGGACAAUCCUGAUGUUAUCUCUUGGAAUUCCCUGAUCACUGGAUAUGCUUGGAAUGGUCAUGGAAAUGAAGCUGUUGCGCUCUUUGAACAGAUGCUUCUGGAAGGGGUUACUCCCGAUGAGGUGACCUUUAUCGGAGUUUUAUCUGCUUGCAGUCACGGCGGACUGAUUGAUCAGGGAACAAAAUACUUCAGAAAAAUGACGGAAGUGUUCGCCAUCAAACCUCUAGCUGAACACUAUUCUUGCAUGGUGGAUUUGUUCUCUCGAGCAGGAAAAAUUGAAGAAGCAUUUGAAAUUGCUUGUGAUGCAGAGACUAAAGAAAAUGCUGGAUUGUGGGGUGCGCUGCUCGGAGCUUGUCGGAAGCACCAGAAUCUAAGACUUGCCAAAUUAGCGGCUGAGAAGCUCUCAGAACUUGAAUCCAAUAAAACCUCAAACUAUGUACUCACAUCCAACAUAAAUGCCGAGGUUGGCAAUUGGGAUGAAGCGGAGAAGGCAAGGAUAUCGAUAAUGGGGAGUGGAGCAGAAAAGCAAGCUGGCUGUAGCUGGAUUGAAUUGGGAAAUCAGGUUCACAUAUUUGUAUCCAAUGAUCAAGCGCUGCCCAAACCACAAGAGAUCUACACAACAUUGAACUCUUAGCUGCAAAGACUUUCGCCACAUGCAUGGCAUAAAAAGCAGAGUCCUUCAAAUUUUCCGUAGCUCUAGCAUUUUACAGGAAAAUCGAUUAAUGAUCAUUCCGUUGCUUAUCAUUGUUAACAUCCCAUACUUGGCAAACCGUAUAGUACUUUACUAACGUGAGCUCCACAAUGGAGGGACAGAAGAGCCAGUCAUCAGCGCUGACCAGAUCAAAGUCAUUGCUUCUCCAUUCGUCUUGACCGUCCAGUCUUCCAUCCGUAACUUUUCUGCUGUUGCUGAGGACGACUUGCUCCCUUCUUGCUAUCAGCACCAACACCAGUCGCAGCAGCGUGAUUCGGUUUAAGAGGUACAGAAGGUGAGGAGGCGGCUGCCCCACCGGAACCGGCUUGAUCCGGUCGGAUCGCCUCACUGGCCUUCUCCAUUGUCUUCAUCUGCUUCUUCAAUUCCAGGCGGGACGCAGCCCCGACAAUGACGGACUUGGAGGACCUCCUCCUGGCCCUCAUCUUUGUUGCCUUCACGCUCUUAUUUGUCUCCAGGAACAAGCCCCAGAUUGAGUGCAACCUGUUGAGGAUUAAGCAGCUGUACAGCCUCAACUAAGAGGCUAGGAUUCGCGCGGGGCAACGCAAGGGGCGUCCAGUGGUUCAUUGGCGGCAACUCAAGUGCAAUGAUGCCAAGGCCACGAUGAGGCAAAAGAAGAAAAUAAUCUGUGAGAGAGUGGAGUUCUACAGCAAAGGGGAUUACAACGAGGGCGAGUUCCACAAGAGGAGGUGCAAUGGGAGUGAUGGGUGCUUACUUCGUCAAUGGGUGAUAAGAAGGGGAUUGGAUCGAA